CAGCCUUAAUCAAAAACGGACGGGGGUUUUCUCCGCUUUUCGGGUGCAAAACGCUUUUAUUUGUGUCUUCUUAAUUAUCUGGGCAGAACAGACCGUGCGAGGGGUCGGGAAGGAGGAAGAGCCGCAAGGAGUCCCGCUCUCUCUCCAAGUUUCCAAAGUCUGGACGGUUUUGAUAAGCAAAUACGGGCCGGGCUUUGGGCUUCCUCAUUGGCUCCCCUUUGGGCCACCAGAUUUGGACACCAAUCAAUAUAAUCUGAUUGAAAAAUCAGGGAGGGGAAAUGGGGCAAAGGGAGGAGAGAAGAGAAAGAGAGAAAGAAUGAGAGAGAAAGAACGAGAGAGAGAAAGAAAGAGAAGGCUGUCUGUCAUCCGUCCAGCGAUUCGUCAAACAGGAUGCCCCGCUCCUUCCUGGUGCGGAACAAGAGGAGAAGCCGGUGGGACCCCAUUCCGGACACCACGGGACCCCCGUGGCAAGGCCCGGCGCAGCCCCUGCAAAGCCCAUCUCCGGAAGAAGAGGCGGAGAGCGCCAAUGUCCAUCUCCAGACCAUCAGCAUCAGCAGCCCUUCCGGGGGAACGCAGGCCCCAGUGUGCAGCAGCGGGACCAGCAGCCAGGGCCUCUGCACAGAGGGCUUCUCGGGGCCCCGCCUGGCCUUGGGCUUCCGCCCGGGGCCGCCCUCCUUCCACCUCUUUGGGGGGCCUUUGCCGCCAAUCAUGAUGGAGCCCCCCCACCCGCUGGACUUCAGCCGGCACUUCCCCACAGAGGUGGGGGUGCCCUUCCACUGCCUCACCUGCAGCAAGGUCUUCUCCACGGCGCACGGGCUGGAGGUGCACAUGCGCAGGGCCCACAGCGGGACCCGUCCCUUCACCUGCGGGACCUGCGGGAAGACCUUUGGCCACGCGCUCAGCCUCCAGCAGCACCACAGCGUCCACUCCCAGGAGAAGAGCUUUGGCUGCCCGGCGUGUGGGAAGGCCUUCAAGCGCUCCUCCACACUGGCCACCCACCUGCUGAUCCACUCGGACACCCGGCCCUACCCCUGCCACUUCUGCGGGAAGCGCUUCCACCAGAAGUCCGACAUGAAGAAGCACACCUACAUCCACACAGGUGAGAAGCCGCACAAGUGCCAGGUGUGCGGAAAGGCUUUCAGUCAGAGCUCCAACUUGAUCACGCACAGCCGCAAACACACCGGCUUCAAGCCCUUCAGCUGCAGCGGGUGCGGGAAAGGCUUCCAGCGCAAGGUGGACCUGCGCCGGCACCAGGAGGCCCAGCAGCACCUCCUCUAGAACCCGGCCCGGAACCCUCCUCGUUCCCCCUAUUUCUGACGCUUUUUCAUUGGAGGGAAUUAGCACCUUGUGUAUAGUUCUGCGGGGGGUCAGUCUAGACCAGGGGUCCCCAGACUAAGGCCCGGGGGCCGGAUGCAGCCCUCCAAAGUCAUUGACCUGGCCCCUGUCCUCAACUUUAGACUUAGGGUUGACCUCAGUCUACCUGGUCUUUGGAGGUCUCUUUGCUUAGCUACGGGCUUAGGAGAUCAUCUAGAUGGCUUUUGGAGGCCACUUUCCUUACCGAUGGUCCUAUGAAACUAUCUAGAUGGCCUUUGAGGGGCCCUUUCCUUAUCUAUGGUCUUCUGGUGGCCUUAUGAGAUCAUGUAGAUGGCCUUUGAGGGUCUCUUUCUUUAACUAUGGUCUUAUGACACCAUCUAGAUGGUCUUUGGAGGUCUCUUUGCUUACCUAUGGCCUUAUGAGAUCAUGUAGAUGGUCUUUGGAGAUCUCUUUCUUUACCUAUGGUCUUAUGAGACCAUUUAGAUGAUCUUUGGAGAUCUCCUUGCUUACCUAUGGCCUUAUGAGAUCAUGUAGAUGGCCUUUGAGGGUCCCUUUCCUUACCUAUGGUCCUAUGAGACCAUCUAGAUGAUCUUUGGAGGUCUCUUUGCUUACCUAUGGUCUUAUGAGAUCAUGUAGAUGGUCUUUGGAGGCCUCUUUGCUUACCUAUGGUCUUAUGAGACCGUCUAGAUGGUCUUUGGAGGUCUCCUUGCUUACCUAUGGCCUUAUGAGAUCAUGUAGAUGGUCUUUGGAGGCCUCUUUGCUUACCUAUGGUCCUAUGAGACCAUCUAGAUGGCCUUUGGAGGUCUCUUUGCUUACUUAUGGCCUUAUGAAAACAUCUAGAUGGCCUUUGAGGGACUCUUUCCUUACUGAUGGUCUUAUGAGACCAUCUAGAUGGUCUUUGGAGGUCUCCUUGCUUACCUAUGGUCUUAUGAGAUCAUCUAGAUGAGGAGUCCCCAAACUAAGGCUCUCCAAGGCCAUUGACCUGGCCUCUGUCCUAAACUUUAGACUUAGGGUUGACCUGAAACGACUUGAAGGCACACAACAACAACCAUCCUAAUUUUGGACUAUUUCAUCAUAGUCUGAGGGACUGUGAAUCGGCCCCCCACUUAAAAAGUUUGGGGACCCCUGGUCUAGAUAGCUCUUGCUCUCGGGCCCCGGAGCCUCUUUUUGCCACAAUCCACACGCUGUCCAGAUAGUCCAAUGUAAGCGUUCAUUAAAAGCACAGUAUCAUAA